GUUAAUCGUGCCGAUGGCGAAAUGCCGGAAGGUGCGAAGUCGACGGACGAUGAAGACGACGCUGCGAGAUGCGCCUCAGAUGAAUUCCGAGCUCUCGACAUCAAUCUCGACGAGCCAUUAAGACCUGAUGAGGUUGUAAAAGGGCCUCCCGUCUAUACGCGGCAACGUGCAUCUUCUCCUCGCGGACCUCUAGUGCCGCGAUCACCCACGACAACCUCAUACCAGAACCGCACUCCCCUUGACCUGAAUGAACCUAUCAAGAAGAAGAAAAAGGAGAAGAAAGAGAAGGACGAUGGCCUUCAAAAGAAGAAAAAGAAAAAGAGAGUUGCAGCAGCUGCUCACACUAUGGAUGAUUUUGCCGCAACUCCUCAAAAUUUAGACCUGGAUAUAGACGCAUGGCUUAGGGAUGAGCCGGCACCUGUACCUGCUGCUGUCGAAAAUUCUAAACCUGAAAAGAAAACCAAAAAGAAGAAGAAGUUGGCUGUUGCAAGGGAAGCGUAUGAGGAAACAUCAGGAGUCUGUACCCCUUCUAAUCCCAAUAUUGAUCGCGGAAUUUCUCCAAAGACAAGUCAUUCUGCGGCACCCAGUAGCACGAAACUCUGCUCCAAUUCGGAUCUUAUAGUGGACUAUGCAACUUCGCCUAACCCAGGUAGCGAAGAAAUUGUAAUCAUAUUGGGACUACUUAUCCCUGGCCCGCGACGCUUGAAAGAUAUUGAGGCAAAUGUUGUAGACACUUUGAACGCUCGCAUGGUUAGGAGUGAGCCUGGAUUCUUGUUGCCAACAGCCUUAUCACCCGGUGAUCACGGUGAAUUACGCUUGCACAUUGCUCUCUCUUCGAAGACGGUGUCUCAAACGUUGAGGGGAACCAUAACUUAUCUUGCUGAAGAGGAAGAUGGAUCAGUUCCAGGAAAACUUGACUUCAAAGUUCCAUUGAGAUGUACGGAUUCGUUGCUUUCAGUGACAAUAAGCAAGAAUGACUUCUCCCAACUUCUUGCUAGUGGUGGUGUAGAAUUUUCAUCGUCAACCCAGUUUGUCUCUGAAUCCAGUUUUCGGGAUUUGCUCACUAGGAUUACUUUCGUUGGACAUAUGUCUGGUCAGUUGUGGUUUUAA